AUGGGGACCCGCCGGAAUAACUCGGGGGCAGCUAAGAGAAACGAUGAAGAGGCGGUAGUGGACAGGGGUGGAACACGCUCCAUUCUCAAAACCCAUUUUGAAAAAGAAGACUUGGAAGGUCACAGAACUUUGUUCAUUGGUGUUCACGUCCCACUGGGAGGAAGGAAAAGUCAUCGACGUCAUAGACACCGUGGACACAAACACAGAAAGAGAGACAGAGAACGAGAUUCAGGGUUAGAAGAUGGGAGAGAGUCUCCUUCGUUUGACACCCCUUCACAGAGGGUACAGUUUAUUCUUGGAACAGAGGAUGAUGAUGAAGAACACAUCCCUCACGACCUGUUCACAGAGCUUGAUGAACUUUGUUGCCGUGAAGGAGAGGAUGCUGAGUGGAGGGAGAUGGCCAGGUGGUUGAAGUUUGAAGAAGAUGUUGAAGAUGGAGGGGAGAGGUGGAGUAAACCAUACGUUGCCACUCUAUCGUUACAUAGUUUGUUUGAGCUGAGAAGUUGUAUCCUCAAUGGCACCGUGCUGCUAGACAUGAGAGCAAAUUCUUUAGAAGAAAUUGCAGACAUGAUCCUCGAUCAACAAGUAGGUUCAGGACAGCUCAGUGAAGACGUUCGUCACAGAGUACAUGAAGCAUUGCUCAAACAGCACCAUCACCAGAAUCAGAAGAAGCUAAGCAAUAGGAUCCCCAUAGUGAGGUCCUUUGCCGAUAUUGGCAAGAAACAAUCUGAACCCCAUUCCAUGGACAAAAAUGGUCAGAUUGUUUCCCCCCAGUCUGCACCAGCUAGCCUUGAAGUCAAGAACGAUGUAAGCAGAGAAAACAGCGCCGUUGACUUCAGCAAGGGACUAGGAGACCCGCAGAAAGGGCAUAACAGUAGUCUAUUUGGGAUGAAACAAAGACAUGAAAAAGGACAUCCGCAUCAGGAAGAGAGAGAGAGAGAGGUGGACCUGCAUUUCAUGAAAAAGAUUCCUCCUGGAGCUGAAGCCUCCAACAUUUUGGUCGGGGAGCUGGAAUUCUUGGACCGGGCUGUUGUUGCUUUUGUAAGACUGUCCCCCGCGGUACUGCUUUCCGGACUAGCAGAAGUUCCAAUCCCAACAAGAUUUUUAUUUAUUCUCCUGGGACCACUAGGAAAAGGCCAGCAGUACCAUGAGAUUGGCAGGUCAAUUGGAACAUUAAUGACGGAUGAGGUGUUUCAUGAUGUUGCAUAUAAAGCUAAAGACCGUAACGACUUGGUUGCUGGGAUUGAUGAAUUUCUCGAUCAGGUGACUGUUCUCCCUCCUGGAGAAUGGGACCCAACAAUUCGUAUAGAACCACCCAAAAAUGUUCCUUCUCAGGAGAAACGUAAGAUUCCAGGCGUGCCAAAUGGAACCGCAGCUCAUGGGGACGCAGAGCCACUUGGGGGGCACUCCGGUCCAGAAUUACAGCGUACCGGAAGGCUUUUUGGGGGCCUGAUUUUAGAUAUCAAGAGGAAAGCUCCGUUCUUCUUGAGUGACUUCACAGAUGCAUUCAGCUUGCAGUGUCUGGCAUCGUUUUUGUUCCUGUACUGUGCUUGUAUGUCUCCUGUUAUCACAUUUGGCGGUCUGCUGGGAGAAGCAACUGAAGGUCGUAUAAGUGCAAUAGAAUCUUUGUUUGGUGCAUCGAUGACUGGUAUAGCCUACUCACUCUUUGGUGGACAACCACUUACCAUACUAGGUAGCACGGGGCCAGUCUUGGUGUUUGAAAAGAUAUUAUUCAAAUUUUGCAAGGAAUAUGGAUUGUGUUACCUUUCGUUGCGGGCGAGCAUUGGCUUGUGGACGGCCACACUCUGCAUUAUUCUCGUGGCGACCGAUGCAAGUUCCCUAGUGUGCUACAUCACUCGGUUCACGGAAGAAGCUUUUGCAUCCCUCAUCUGCAUAAUUUUCAUUUACGAGGCCUUAGAGAAGCUCUUUCAUCUCGGCGAGACAUAUCCAAUCAACAUGCAUAACAGUGUGGAGCUACUGACACAAUACUCGUGUAAUUGUGUGGAGCCAGAAGACCCCAGCAAUAAAACUUUGCAAUAUUGGCAAUCUAAGAAUAUCUCCUCCUCUGAUAUACCUUGGGAAAACCUAACUUUAUCACAAUGUAGGUGGUAUCAAGGGAAAUUUAUAGGACGAGCCUGUGGACACGAAGGUCCUUAUGUCCCAGAUGUUCUCUUCUGGUCAGUCAUCUUAUUCUUUUCUACAGUUACAAUGUCAUCCACACUGAAGCAGUUCAAGACCAGUCGCUAUUUCCCAACCAAGGUACGGUCCAUAGUCAGUGACUUUGCUGUCUUUCUCACCAUCCUGUCCAUGGUUUUAGUUGACUAUGCCCUUGGGAUUCCAUCGCCAAAGCUUCAGGUUCCCAAUGCUUUUAAGCCCACCAGAGAUGAUCGCGGCUGGUUUGUCACACCAUUGGGGCCCAAUCCUUGGUGGACUGUGCUAGCUGCUGGAAUUCCAGCUCUGCUUUGUACAAUUCUUAUAUUUAUGGACCAGCAGAUUACAGCUGUUAUAAUAAAUAGAAAAGAGCACAAGCUAAAGAAAGGCUGUGGCUACCACCUCGACUUGCUGAUGGUCGCUCUCAUGCUUGGCGUCUGCUCGCUAAUGGGACUGCCCUGGUUUGUUGCUGCCACUGUCCUCUCCAUCUCUCACGUGAACAGUUUAAAGCUGGAGUCAGAAUGCUCUGCUCCAGGAGAACAGCCCAAGUUCCUUGGCAUCCGGGAGCAGAGGGUGACAGGACUCAUGAUCUUUGUACUUAUGGGCUCAUCUGUUUUUUUGACCAGUGUUCUUAAGUUUAUUCCCAUGCCAGUGCUUUAUGGUGUAUUCCUUUAUAUGGGUGCCUCUUCUCUCAAAGGAAUUCAGCUCUUUGACAGAAUCAAGUUAUUCUGGAUGCCUGCCAAACACCAGCCAGAUUUCAUCUAUCUGAGGCACGUUCCUCUUCGGAAAGUUCAUCUCUUCACAGUAAUCCAGCUGAGCUGCCUUGUGUUGCUGUGGGUUAUCAAAGUUUCGAGAGCUGCUAUAGUGUUUCCUAUGAUGGUUUUAGCACUCGUAUUCGUCAGAAAACUCAUGGAUUUAUUUUUUACCAAACGAGAACUAAGCUGGUUGGAUGAUUUGAUGCCAGAAAGCAAGAAAAAGAAGCUGGAAGAUGCUGAAAAAGAGGAGGAGCAAAGUAUGUUGGCAAUGGAGGAGGAAGGUACUGUCCAGUUACCACUAGAAGGACAUUACAGAGAUGACCCAUCCGUAAUCAAUAUUUCUGAUGAAAUGGCAAAAACAGCUGUGUGGAAGACACUACUGAUAGCAUCAGAAAAUAACAAGGAUAAGGAGUCCAGCUUUCCUUCUAAAAGCACCGAAAGCCAACAAGAGAAGAAAGCUGACUCAGGGAAAGGUGUGGACCGCGAAACUUGCCUAUGA